CUUCUUUGCGCUUAACCUUGCCAGUUGCCGCGGAGAAUGAAAGACUAUGGCGAACGGGAAAUGAGGGCACAACGCAGUUUUUAUUUGCAUAAUAACCAGAAAGGAGCUAGUAUGCGUCUCAUCCAUAUCAGGGACAAAUCAUGACACCAGGAUUUUUUAUAGGGUUCUGAGUUCUAUCUCUCUUCUUACCUUUCACUUUUUAUCUAUUUUUCCAUGAACCCUAUGGAAAACAACAGCAGCACAAAUGCCACGUCAAAACUACCCCAAAAAGCAAAAAGAAAAAAGAAGGGUCUGGGAGUAAAUGUUGCUCAAGUAGCAGACAACACAUCAGAAUUCUCAUUUGCUGUAGCCAAAAUUGCAGUUGCUCAAAUCUGCCAAUCAGCUGGAUACAAAAGCUCCAAACACAAUGCUCUUGAAGCCUUAACUAAUGUUUCCACAAGAUAUAUGGAAGCCAUUGUGAGAUCAGCUGCCACUUUUGCCAAUGCCUCCAAUCGUACCGACUCCAACCUCUUUGACCUCACCAAUGGCAUUCACGAUGUGUGUUCUGUUCAAGGAUUUCCUGGUGGUUCAAUAAUACACAAAAGCAACUUGCUGGGGUCUUCAGCUCUAAAAGAAAUUAUGAAUUUUGUCAACCUUUCUAACAAAGUUCCAUUUGCUAAACCAAUUCCAUUUAGAAAUGUUUCUGAAGUAACCAUUGAUUCCGGUACAUCAAUGUGCUUAUCUAAGCAAGUGAAAACUCACAUACCAAGAUGGCUCCCACAUUUUCCUAAGGAAAACUGUGCUCAGGUUUUGGUUAAGGAGAGGAAAUGUGAUGAGAAAUUGUGGGAACAUUCACUCACUAGGGAGGAAAACAGUGGCUUAUUACCAAGCAAUGGCAUUGAUGGAAAAGAAGAGAAAGAGGCAAGGAUGGAACUGCCAAAGGGAAGAGAAAGAAUAAAGUUUAGAAUUAGAGGUGAGAAGGAGAUGCAUGUUGAAUUGGGUGUGAAUAUGAUGAAUGGGGUUUGUAAAGGAAGGAAACGAGUGUCCUGGAAUCAUGACAAAAUCAAUGAUUGUAUGGUUGAAGAAAAUGAAGAUGAAAAAAGAUAGCAUAAAUUGUUAUGGAAAUGAAAUGAUGUUUGUAACUGUUGUGUAACAAGCUCAGAAAUCAGAAUAUGAAAGAAGAGACUGACAUGAAAACAAAUGAAAAUUUAGUGCAGUCUAGUUUUGACUAAGCUUCAAGUUUUUGAGAGUUUUGUUACGGUGGAGUGGAAUGGGACCGAUUCCGAGAUUAUGGCUUGAUUUUGAAACUUAUCUUCCAAAGCAAAACAGUUGGGAAAUUCUUUUUGAAUAUUGUAGCUAAGUCUAGUCCAUGACUGCAUAUUAGAUUUUUAUCGAUUCAACUGAUUUGGACAAUAUAUUUUAAAAUCGGGGUCGAUCAGUUAUUAAACUGGAAAGUAAAGGUACUAAAUUAGAAAUAAUAAAAAAGGGUACUAAGUAUUUAUUA